AGCGACAAUUGACACGAACAGGUAUAUUUUGUAUUACUGAGUAGGUACUGCUUCAUCAAAGCGCCAUUGAUAACACCCUGAUGUCACACAAUUACAUCACCCAAUGAUUUGCAAAAAUACCUAUGUCUAGGCGUGACAAUUACCGUGACUUUUUAUUUUCCAUAUAAAAUAUAUUAUGCUAUGUCACACAAUGACUACGUUAACGUAUCACCGUUAUCCAAACAGUCGAAAGUUCAAAAGUACAAAAUCCAGCGGGUGAUGUAAAACCCGAUUAUAGACAGUCAAGGUCAUCGAACCGCUAGACAGAUUAAAUAUUUAUCCCACAUAUAGAACAGCAAGACAAUUACAUAUUGCAAAAAUAUAAUACGUCUAAGUAUAGAUAAUAUCAAUUUUACGCUUGAUAAGAUACGUACAAACGUGAACACUAAUAAAUCCUACUAGAUACUGGAACUCGAUUAUAAACUGUAUAACUCCGUGAGUCCAAACUCCAUCCAGUUUGACAAUUGAUUCAUAUAACAGCACACGUCACGCCGGUUUCGUACAUAUUGUUGGGUCAGAACUAACAUAAUUAUACGAACUGUGUAACAAAAGUGAAUAUAAAUGUCAUUAUUGUAAUAGCAGACAUAAUAUAACUACUAUCAGGUAUAGCGAAACUGAAGUAAAAUAAUCAAAUAACCUCUUAAAAGUGCGUUGAACUUGUAUCUAACAAUACACGACUGUGUUAACAAUUGACUUAUUAUAAAUAAUUACAAACUACCUUCAACAAAUAAAAAAGUAUUUAUUAGAUAAUAUGUGAUAGAUAUUUUUGCAAGUCAAACACAAAAGAUGACUAAACUUUUUUACACAAUUUUGACUACAAGCGCGCCAAAAUUAAAGUCCGCUCCUUUUAUAAGGAAACUGAGCAAUCAGAUUCCUACUAAAGAAGUACGGAUACCAGUACAAUAUGGACAUAUUGCGGGCAAGCUAUGGGGCAACAGUAGUGAGCGACCUAUACUGGCAUUACACGGAUGGCAAGACAAUGCGGGCACCUGGGACCCUCUGAUCCCCAUGAUCAUCAAAGAUAGACCGAUAUUAGCAUUAGACUUUCCUGGACACGGAUUUUCGUCCUGGACACCCGGUCUAACAUACAACGAAUGGGAAUGGCCAAGAUUGAUUUUAUAUCUUAAAGAAUACUUCAAGUGGGAUAAAGUUUCCUUUCUAUCUCACUCUAUGGGAGCUAUCGCUGCAACGCGGUUCGCUAGCGUGUUUCCCGAGGACGUCGAUUUUUACAUAGCAAUAGACAGUUUUAUAUUAGAAAACUUAAAUACCAAUACUUUAGUAGAAAAAAUAUACCCUAAAUUACUACAAAAGGCCUUUGUCACCGACCAUUGGUUGGAUAAGGAGCCUCCAUCAUACACGUUAGAAGAAAUAACAAACAUGUGGCACUUGGCAACAAGGAAGUCUAUAGCAUUAGACAGUGUUCAGCACCUAAUGAAAAGAGGUGUGAAGCAAUCAAAAACCGAUCCGAACAAACAUUAUUUCUCCCGGGAUCCUAGGUUAAAGUACGUGAUCCUCAUUCCUGAAGAUAGGAAAUUCACAGAAGCCCUCGUCCGACGAAUAAAGUGCCCAAUGCUGUUCUUGAAAGCGACAGACUCCCCGUUUUCUGCCGGAAAAUUUUCUAUUGCUAUGCGUGAAAUGAUAGAGAAACAGAACGAUAAAUACGAAUUUCAUUUCGUGCCCGGCAAACAUCACGUUCAUUUAAAUAAUCCUGAAGUAGUGGCUCCUCUAAUUAAUAAUUUCUUACAAAAACAUAAAUUGGACGCUUGAAUAUAUGUUAACAAUAAAACAAAAUGACCCGUCUGGUUCUUCGAUGAAUGGACGUAAUUAAUGAGGUUGCCGAAAUCAGCUAUGUAAUGUAACUGAAAUAAUUAGACAUUCAGUAAAAGAAAGAUAGACAAGCGAUGAUAUGGCGGCGUGUAAUCUACUUUACUACAUUAAGUACCUACUUAUUAUUUAUUUAUGUUUAGAUGAUGCAUGGUAUUGAUGAAGUGCAAUACAUUAUCUGAUAGUUAGAUAAUUGGAAGUUUCAUUUCCGCUUCCUAAUAAGCUAUAUUAUCUACGAUAGCGUACCAUUUGGUUUUGUAUUUUCUAUUAAAAUAAAUAAAUUUUAUAAAACAAUUGC